GAGAAACACUAGGAGUGGGAGCUUAGACAAGAUGGCCGGUGAUCAUCACUCGUUCAAAGUGGACCCCGCCAUCGAGCGGUGGCAGGCGAUGCACUCUUCGAUGCACGAGCGCUUUCGCUUCACCCCCUCCAAAACCAGGGUCUUCCUCUUCUGGGGCAUCGCGAUCCCAGCACUGACCUACGGCAUUGCCAAAUUCUCUGACAACCGCUGGGACUGGCGAGCAAAGACGCGAGAAGACUCGUUGCUCACUGCCCCCCCAAAGUCAGUGAAUCCCACAGACGAGGAGUGACCGGUGUUGUGUAUCAUACGCAAUUACCAUUCAGCAAAGCUUAACAGAAUCUCAGCCAUCCUUCAUUUCAAA